UUUUCAGCAAACAUUUCAAACGUUUGACAUUUUGUACGUCAGCAACUUUUGAACCAUCUCUCAGUAGUGCUUAUUUUUACCGGUUUCUUAAAGAGCAAACAUUAAAAGUUUAAUUUUACUUCCAAUGUCUUCAAAGAAAUUUAGUUUAAUUGCAGCUGCAUGUGAAAACAUGGGAAUCGGUUCCAAGGGCAGCCUUCCUUGGCGACUGAAAAACGAAUUGAAAUAUUUUAAUCAACAAACAACUAAAACGAUCGAUGGCAGUAAAACGAAUGCGUUAAUCAUGGGACGAAAAACUUAUUUCGGAAUACCAGAAAGUAAGCGACCUCUACCCGGCCGACUGAACAUUGUCUUAUCGACGACAUCGACCCAAUCGGAUUAUCCAAGUGAGGUGUUGCUGUGUAAAACUUUCAACGAAGCCAUGGAAAAGUUAUCCGACCCAGUGCUGUCUGAAGGCAUCGAAAAUAUUUGGAUUGUGGGUGGUCACACUGUGUACAAAGAAGCAAUGGAUUCACCGUUGUGUCAUCGGGUGUACCUAACGGAAAUUAUGGCCACAUACGAUUGUGAUGCGUUUUUCCCAGCGAUUCCUGCCGAUUUCCAAUUGGUGUCCAACGACGAUGGUUUGCCGAGCGACAUUCAGGAGGAGAACGGUAUCAAAUACCAGUACAAAAUCUAUGAGAAACUGUGACAAUGUUGAACUUCAAUUCCAAUUUUCUUUUAAUAAAUACUUUUCGCUUCUACACACAAA